CUUUGAUUUUUUUUUUAAAUAUUAUUUCUAUAGGUUUUUUGCCUUUUUUUCCUUUUUUUUUUUUAAUUUUUUUUUUUUAAUUUUUGUGGCUUGGUUGUGUUGUUUGGUUUUUUUCCCCCCUUGUUUUCGUUGUUGUUGUUGCGUUCUUCUGGUCGUUCGUGGCCUUUGCUGCCCCCCCGGCUCGCAGAGGAGUUCAGGCUCUCACCUGAACUUUGGCUGCCUGGUAUAUGCUGUUGGGACAUCCUUAAGAGAUCAUCCAGGAAUGGUGGAUCACUUGCUGCCUACUGAUGAAUCCUUUUCAUCCACAAGAUCUUCUCUUGGAUACUUUGGGGACAUGACAGCUGGUGUGAGGUCCUACCAAAUGCUGCCCUCUCCCCUGUCAGAGGAUGACAGUGACUCGUCCAGCUUUUGUUCUUGUUCCAGCCCUGACUCCCAGGUCCUCAGCUCCAGCUAUGGAAGCACAUCCAGUGCAGAAAGUCAGGACAGUAUCUUAGACUAUUUAUUGUCCCAGGCAUCUCUGGGGAACACCACUGCAUCAUGGUGGGACAAAAGGAGACUUCAGCCAGUAGUGAAAGAGGAGUACUUUAGGUUGCCUGAAUUUGCCGUGGAUAUGGAAGACUCAGGACCAUUUCAGCCCACACUUGAGGAAAUUGAGGAAUUUUUGGAGGAGAACAUGGACUUGGAGCUCAAAGAAAGACCUAAAAGCGAGACCAAGGACUUGAGAGCUUGCAGCCAGGUUUCUGUUGCUUCGCUGCAGCAAAAAGACCAUAUGUUACCCAGUACUAGUUUAAAAGAGAGUAAAAACGAGCAGUUGACUAGCUCAACAGAAGGUGGCCAAGCUUCAAAUGGAGGAGUGACCCUGGAGAAUGGAAUACCGGUUAUGCUCCAAAUUCAGCCUGUGCAGAUCAAACAGGAGUCCAACACAAGCCCCACUUCCCAAGGACCAGCACAGGAGAACAUUAAAAUUGCACAGCUCCUAGUCAACAUCCAAGGACAGACGUUUGCCCUUGUGCCUCAGAUAGUUCAGUCGUCCAAUUUGAACUUGUCCUCUAAAUUUGUCCGCAUUGCUCCCGUCCCCAUCGCCGCCAAGCCAAUUGGGCCAGGAGGCAUGAUCCAGGGGCAGACGGGAAUCAUCAUGGGUCAGAAAUUUCAAAAGAACCCUGCAGCUGAACUCAUUAAAAUGCACAAAUGCUCUUUUCCUGGUUGCACCAAGAUGUACACGAAAAGCAGCCAUUUGAAAGCCCACCUGAGGAGGCACACAGGAGAAAAGCCCUUUGCGUGCACGUGGCCGGGUUGUGGAUGGAGGUUCUCCAGGUCAGAUGAGCUAUCCCGGCACAGGCGCUCCCACUCGGGGGUGAAACCCUACCAGUGUCCAGUCUGUGAGAAGAAGUUUGCUCGAAGUGACCACUUGUCCAAACAUGUCAAGGUGCACCGAUUCCCACGAAGCAACCGCUCCGUCCGCUCCGUGAACUGACCGCCCUGCCCUCCCCUUCCUGCCCAGCCACCCCACGGCAGCCGAUGACAGCACUUUGCUCAUGAUAUUCCUAGUGAUAAUUUAUUUGUCUCCACGGAACAGUCAAUGCUGUUACUUGAUACCACCAUGUUUGAGUGCCCCAUGUCCUUCAAAGAUGAUUUGAGAAUGAAGCUCUUUUUGGGUCAGGGGAGCGGGGCGUUUCUUCCUUUUUUUUUUUCUUUUUCUUUUAAGGAUAUUAUUUUCCUUUCCUUCUAUCUGUCUCUCCUUUGCUGCUGCUUCUUUUGGAAAUUACAGUGUUUUAUUUUUAGCUGUUUUCUGCUGCACAGGAAAAUGUAAAAGUUGCUUGCUGCUAGUUAAUUAUAGCCCUGGCAUUCCUGAGGGCUUUGCUCAUGUACAGGCCACUCAUUGUGAGUUUUUAUUAAGCUGCUCUAUUUGUCCAGUUUGAAACAGCAAAUUCCUUUUGAAAUGAAAACAACUCCUUUGUUUUUGGGUCGCCUGAGCCAAGGAUUUGUAGGGGCUGGCCAUAGGAGGAGGAGCAGUGGGAGUUGGGGAUAGGGGGAGCCAAGGCUUGGAGGGCACUGGAAUGUGCCUCCAUGCAUCUCUGAUUUUCCCAGCUCACAUUUACCUUUCCCUUGGCUAGGGCUAUAUAUAAAUAUUUAUGUAUACGUAUUCAUACAUACAUACAUACAUAUAUAUAUAUUUAAGCAAAGACACAUCCCAAGCAAACCCAGAAGCUCAGGCUGGAUGGAAUGGCUUGGAGUGAAGCCUCUGGAAUGUGUGCUUCUGUCCUGUGCUGCCAAGGGGUGAAAGGAUGCCCAGGUUCCAAAGGACACCGCUUUCCUUUGAGGCUGGUUUGCAGCAUCCACUGUCUUCAGCAGAAGAGCUGUUCUCUGCCCACAGAGCAGCACAAAGGUGUUGGUGAGAGCCUCUGGGCUCUGUUCUGUCUCUGCCCCUGCCCUGCCGUGUGACCUGUGGGGAGAAAGCAGAGCCCCAGCCCCGGGGGUGCCUGGUGGGCACUGGGCAUCCCCACGCCCACGGAGAGCCAAGGCCUGGCUGGCUGGAGCUCAGUCUCUGGCAGGGUCUGUAGGAUGUGCCUGUGCCCAGGGAGGCUGGGAGGAGCCGUGACCUGGUGGGACAGCGCUGUGGGACCCAGGUCCAGGGGUGACCCUCAGUGCUAAUCCUCUCCCUCCCGACAGCCAUGUCAGAGCUCCAUGCAGCUGGGUGGGCAAAUGGGUGAGAACAGUAGCCAAAAGAAACAAAUUUGUGUGAUAGCUGGCUAAGAAGGGAAUUUAAGCAAAUAAUCAGAUAGUAGCAGGCAAGUGAUUUUAUUUGUGUUUCUUCUUGUUUUGUUUUUCCUUUUGAACUCUGGCGAUUGUAAGAAGCUUUAGAAGAAAAUAGGAUUCAGUAAUUAGGAAUGAUUUUAUAAUGGAUGUUGCAUUUCCUUUCCAUUCGCAGACGGCAUCUGUUUGUCUUUUCUGUUGGCAAAAUGGGAAGUAGGAAAGUGUGAUCCUAGAGCUAGGCAGAGCAGGAGCCCACGCUGUGUGAGAACAGCAGGUCUGGCUAAAGUGAAUGCAUUCCUUUUGUCCUCUAGAAAUUAAUAUAAAUGAACUAUCAUCUAUUGACUGGUUUAUAUCACAUCCUAUGAAUGUAUGUAAAUAAAACUGUACAUAGAUGCAUAUCUAUAUAAAAUAUCUUUUAAUAACGUAUCAAAUUUGUGUAAAUUGGAAACAAAAAUACCUAUAAAGCCAGUGUACAUAAGUUACAAUUCUGUAUAUUUUCUUUUGUUCUUCAUAAAAAUAUAUUUACUUUGACAAUAAAAUGAAAAUGGAAAUUUUAAA